CCAAUUCAUUUUCCAAGCCCGGCAGCGCAGUCGGAGCUUCGUUCCCCGCAACAGUUAGACGCUUACGCAUCGUCGGGGUAGAGCGCGAGCUCGUGAGCCAAUCAGCGGCUGCAGCGGAGGGUCAAAGUCAAGCAGAGCCGAGAGUUCGUGCUGGCACCAGUAGUCGACUUCGCGACGUAGCCUCGUUCGGUCGUUCCUGCGUCGUCGUCGCCGCUCCAGUUUUAAACACUCGUGAUAUACAGAUCGACCUGCAGCAGUAGCAGCGGAUACAUUACACACCAGCAGUGAAUCGAGAGAGAUCUUAGAUUUUCAGUUUGAACAAAAUUCGAUAUGCCAGAACUAAACGAGCCGGUGCCGCUUCAAGACCUGGAGGGUUUGCUCCAGCAGACGUUGGGCGGCCCAUUAUCUGUUCAGGUGACUGACUGGAAACAUCUCACGGACCCCGGUGAGAACUUCGGCAGCCUCAUUCUGGCCGUAAACGUAAACGUGACAAAAAAUGGUAAACCGGAGACGCAUCACCUAGUUUGCAAGAUGCCACCUAAAUCUGACUACCUACUGGACCUUUUUAAUAGUCCGAUGGCUUUUAAAAAAGAGAUUUAUUUUUAUACAAAAAUUGCUCCGGCUUUCCUUCAGCUUCAGAUGAACAGUGGGAUCACUGAGAACGAACUUAUCAAACUCGUCCCACAGUUUUAUGGAGGUCGUAUGGGACUGGCUGGUGGUGAUAAGUUCGACAGCCAAGCCUCGAUCGUUCUCGAGAACCUCAACUACUCUGGCUACUCGACGAAAGACCGUAUUGCAGGAAUGGAUCUCGAGCACAUGGAGUACGGAACACGCGAACUCGCGAAACUACACGCCAUUACUUGUGGUUAUAGAGUCUUGAAUCCAAAAGAUUUCGCGGAGACGAUUGCACCGGGUCUCGUGCCUGCACACAACGAUGUUGCUAUGCAGUGCGUCAUGGAGAUGAUCGGCAAGGCCGUGGACAAUCUGAAGAAAAUGGACGAUGCUAAACCACACAUGGAUAAAGUGUUUAAAACACUGGAAUUUUGUGAGAAAACGGAAAAGGAGAACAAGCCACCAAUCGAACGCUGGUGUACCUUCGUUCACAAUGAUUUCUGGGUGAACAACAUGAUGUACCGUUACAGCAACAACAACAAAAUCCUUGGCAUGAAGAUGGUGGACUUUCAGUUGAGCGCCUGCGACUACGGUAUGAAGGAUCUGAUCUUUUUCCUCAUUUCCAGUGCGAAAAAGGAAAUCAUCGAUAACAAUUUGAACGACCUUAUCACUCUGUAUUACGAAACGUUUAUCGACACUCUGAAAUCGCUAAAAGUCGACACUAAGGACUUUCCCAGGGAAGAGUUCGACAGACUGCUGAAAGAGUGUGCACCGCUCAAAUUCCCGCAAUGUAUUAUGAUGAUUCAGGUGAUCAAGGCAACUCGAGGCUCUGCUCCUGACGUCAACAGCAUUAAGAACUCGGAGGCCUUCCUAAGCAUCGGCAAGGGUCAGCUUUACGAGGACAAGCUGCUCCACGUUUUACUAACGUUUGUAAAGAAUGGAUGGCUAGCCAAUUAAAUGCCGCGUUAUUUGUCUUUUUCUUCUCGGAUAAAAUUGGAGCUUUAUAAAAAAAAAAAAAAAGAAACGAGAGCUACUAAUUGGGUCAUCUCGAACAUUAGUUAAGACUGAAUGCGAAAAAUUUGUUAUUUGUGACAAUUCUGUAAAUAUAUACCUAACUUUGUUAUGAUUUUAAUGUUAGUACAUUGUAACUUAUCGACAAAAAGCAUACAUUGUUACACGAGAAAAAAAAUUAAAAAAUGUUCAUUUUACACGCGAAUGAAAAGAUAGACAAAGCUAUACCUAGGAAUGUAGGCUCGGUUUACAAGAUUUUGUAAAAACAGAUGAAUGAGUUUAGCUACUUGCUCAAAAAGCUGUGCAAAAAUUAUGGCUGAAUGAAGGUCAGCUAAAUCUAAGCAGCAUUAAUUUUGAAUUAUUAGAUUUCAUACUGCGUAAAGAGCUGUAGCUCUGGGUAUACGAUAAAGUUUUGUAAUUAUAGAUGUAUAAUCGUAGAUUUUUCUAAAGAUACCGAAAUUUUAUACACUAAUUCAUUCCAAAUAGAAAAUACUACAAAAGAAAUGUUAUGUGAUAUUUUAGUAAUAGUAUGCUAGACAAAUAAACAAUAUGGCUAUUACGAUUCGCAGCCUAGAUUAAUGUUAUAAGCUUCGAAAAUUGAAUUUGUAUUACUCACUUCGAGAAGAUCAGCCACCGCGUCGGGUAAGUUGAAUUCUCUGACGACACGCAAUCGCAAUUGUCUGUUGAUUUCAUGACGCGACGAUAGCGGUAAGCUGAUGGCUCGUUGACAACUGGGAGAUUGUCUCAGUUUUUGUUCGCGCUUCAGCAUAGCUGACAUAGUAGCAGAAUCUGGAACUAUGGACAAAUCAUUAAAACAUUGCGAUUUUGCUAGUUGACCAGGAUUUUAAAGUGCGUGGUUACCUGGUAGAGCAGCUGCCAAAAUAUCGACUCCAGCAGCUCCCAUUACCCUUGGUUUUUCGUCAACCAUAUACAAUGUGUCAGGAAUAUCAUGGAUGUAUCUUGCUCUUCUCAGCCUUACUAGUUCUGCUUCUUGAACCAUUUGUUCUUCGACUAGAGCCUGUUAACAAAAUUUUUAGUUGUUGAAUUAUAUUGGUAAAAAUAAAUUAAGUAUUAUAGAGGA